AUGGCCCGCGUCGCGCGCCUCCUCCGCCGUCGCGCGACCGUUGCGAUCCUCCUUCUCCUCAUGACCGUUGCGCUCCCGGCGGCAUGGCUCGUGAGAGCGUCGGUGAAUCGCCCCGAGUCGGGGGAGGAUUCGUUUCUGGAGGCCAUGCGGACCUUGUAUCAGCACUGGGACAGCGCCUAUGGGCUGCAGGCGGAAAUUUAUUCUCCUCCCUCCUCUGUUUCUCCCUCCCCCAACCAGCACUGGGACAGCGCCUACGGGCUGCAGGCGGAGAAUCCCUUCCCCCCCUCCGCCAUCUCGCUUCCCCCGGACGUUCCCCCCGCGCCCCACCUGGAGGACUGUGAGGCGCGCACAGCCUUCCGCCUAUCCACCGAGAAAUGGGGGGAGCGGGGGGAACCGCCCCACUGGGCUGUGCCCAACCCUGCAUGCGGCAACGUGCCCCAACCCCCCUGGAUCCGAGGCUCCGAUGCGGCCAACCUGGCAGGCACCCGGCAAGCACAAGCGGACAUAUGGCGACAGCAGUUCCCUGGCAGGCAGUGUGUGGGGCGGCGGGUGAUGGUGGUGGAGUGGCUGAGCAUGGGGUGGCACGGGAUAGGGUCGCAGCUGCACGUGAUGGGCGCUGUGCUCAGCGCCGCCGUGCGCCACAACCGCACUCUCGUGCUCGUGCCCGGCUCGCUGCCCCACGCCAACCAUGACGAGUGCGACAAGCUGGGCCACCGGGGAUCACUAGAGUGCUACUUCUUCCGGUUCUCGUCCAAAGAGUGUGAGGAGAUCGCUGUGAAGGCACAUCAGGCCUGGAAGGCUGCUGAGGAGAGGAAGCAGCGAGCUGCUGCCGAGGAAAAGGAGAGGGAAGGGAAGGAGGAGGAAGAGAAGGAGAAGGGAGCAGAAGGAGGGAAAACUGGAAAGGGUGGUGAGAGGAGGCUGCUGCAAGCAGCAAGCAGCACUGGGGACUCAAAGGUGUAUCAUCAAAACAGCACUGAAACGCAUAGUUCCGAUGAUGCUCCUGUGAGGAGACUCAGAAACGGUGCUGACGGUGCAACUGAUGGUGAUAGGACGGAUGGUGAUGGGGAGGGGACUGCAGGGAAUGUGACAAACGAGGAUGUGAUUGUAGCGCAGCCGUGUGACAGUGUGGAGUGCGUGGCGUCUGAUGCUCUCGUGAUCUUUCCAACACUGCCGGGGUUUGGUGUGGAUCAAGGCUCGGAGGUCAUAUCACAGCUCAAUGCCACUGCUGCAGAGCUGUGGGGGGACGCAUAUCUGAGAAGCCCUCUUCCCAACGAGGUGAUGGGGCGUAUGGGCGAGCACUCCAAGUUCCUAAAGAAGGCGCACUGGUGGCGGGCCCAAGCAACGCGCUUCAUGCUGCGGUGGCCGUCGGCCUACCUGUGCCACAUCAUCAACCGCGAGCGCCACCACAUCAAACGGGGGAAAGCGGCGAGCGCAUGCACGUAG